UUCAAUUUCAGAAAACAAACAGGGCCUUACCUGUAUAAAUAUUCACAAUUUUGGCCAUUUCUCCCCCUCCUCAGUCCUCCUCCAUCUGCUGUAACCCUUGGCCAACGACCUCCGCCGCCGGGAAAUAUCUACAUCUCCGGCUACCGACGGAUUUGUAUAACGUAUUUAAUCUUCAUUAUACAUCCGAACGUAGGAAAUGGAGGUUCUUCGGUUUACCGCCGUGAAAUCAUUGAAUUCAUGCGUCCGUCCAGAAUUCACGGCAAUGAGUUCCGUCAUUGUUCCUAUUAGCACUGUGAAAGUUUCUGAAACGAGAAAAAGCAAAAAGAAGGCGUUUAUUCGUGCUAAGGCGACGGAGAUCUUGUCAUCGCCAGCUACGGUAACGGAACCGUUGAAGGCGGAGCCGGCAGAGGCACCGGUUCCGUUGCUACGAGUUUCUCCGAGCUCGUUGCAGUGUGAGCCGGGAUAUUUGUUACCGAAUAGUCCGGUUUUAGGUACGGGUGGUGUGACCGGGUAUGAGUAUUUGACGAACAUCUUGUCAUCGAAAGUUUAUGAUGUAGCUUAUGAGACGCCUUUGCAGAAAGCUCCUAAGCUGUCAGAAAGAUUGGGAGUUAAUGUAUGGCUAAAAAGAGAGGAUCUUCAGCCGGUCAACCUUAAAUUUCUGUGUCCUAGAUCAAGGAGAUCAAGGUCCCUUUUUAUCCUUUUUUUUGACAAGGCCAAAAAGGUGUUUUCGUUCAAAAUCAGAGGAGCUUACAAUAUGAUGGCAAAACUCCCGAAAGAGCAGUUGGAAAAAGGGGUUAUAUGCUCAUCAGCUGGAAACCAUGCACAAGGUGUUGCAUUAUCUGCUCAGAGACUUGGCUGCGAUGCUGUGAUUGUUAUGCCUGUUACUACACCAGACAUCAAAUGGAAAUCAGUUAAGAGAUUGGGUGCUACUGUUGUUCUUGUUGGGGACUCAUAUGAUGAAGCUCAAGCAUACGCCAAAAAGCGGGCUGAAUCUGAAGGCCGCACAUUCAUCCCUCCUUUUGAUCACCCAGAUGUCAUUGUAGGGCAGGGUACAGUAGGGAUGGAGAUAAAUCGCCAACUGAAAGAUAACAUUCAUGCAAUCUUUGUGCCUGUUGGAGGAGGGGGGCUUAUAGCUGGUAUUGCUGCUUAUUUGAAAAGGGUUGCCCCAGAUAUAAAGAUUAUUGGAGUUGAACCACUUGAUGCGAAUGCAUUGGCAUUAUCAUUACAUCAUGGUCAGAGAGUAAUGCUGGACCAAGUUGGGGGUUUUGCAGAUGGUGUAGCUGUUAAAGUGGUUGGUGAAGAGACUUAUCGUCUCUGCGAGGAAUUAAUAGAUGGCGUUGUCCUAGUUGGUCGUGAUGCUAUAUGUGCAUCUAUAAAGGACAUGUUUGAAGAGAAAAGGAGCAUACUAGAGCCGGCAGGUGCACUUGCUCUUGCUGGAGCCGAGGCAUACUGCAAGUAUUAUGGCCUCAAGGGUGAAAACGUAGUAGCAAUAACUAGUGGAGCCAACAUGAACUUUGACAGGCUUAGAUUGGUAACAGAACUCGCAGAUGUUGGUAGACAGCGGGAAGCUGUUCUUGCUACUUUUAUGCCAGAAGACCCAGGAAGCUUCAAAAAGUUCGCUGAAAUGGUAGGACCAAUGAAUAUCACUGAAUUCAAGUACAGAUACAACUCUGACAAAGAAAGAGCUCUUGUACUUUACAGUGUUGGACAUCACACAGUAUUAGAACUUGAAGGAAUGGUGGAGAGGAUGGAAUCAGCAGAUCUGCAAACCAUUAAUCUUACAGACAAUGACUUGGUCAAAGAUCAUCUUAGGCAUUUGAUGGGUGGUAGAACAAAUGUUCAUAAUGAGCUUUUGUGUCGAUUCACUUUUCCCGAGAAGCCUGGUGCUUUGAUGAAGUUUUUAGAUGCUUUCAGCCCACGUUGGAAUAUAAGUUUGUUUCAUUAUCGUGCACAGGGAGAUACUGGUGCAAAUGUGCUAGUCGGGAUCCAAGUUCCACAGGAUGAGGUAGUUGAGUUUGAGGGACGGGCAGACAGUCUUGGUUAUGAAUAUGCAGUGGAGAGUCUCAAUGAGGCAUACCAGCUCAUAAUGCAUUGAAAAAGGUGUUGCCUGUUAUGGCUUGUUCUGGGACAUCAUUGCUAAGAAAUAACGUGGUAUUCACCGACUUCACUUUCUCCUGGUUAGUCAGAUAUUCUGAAUCCUCCUCACGAUGGAAGAAUGACUGUUUUAUAUACAACCAGUGUAGUAGAUGAUUUUGGGCUAGUCUUUAUCUUGUGUAUAUAAGCUAUUUGUAUGUUGUUAUCUAAAGGCCUCAACUUCCAUGAAUAAACCAUUUCACUUUAAAGCUAAUCUUAGGUGUUCUUUCUUCUGUUUCAACUUUGGCCUUCAAAAUCCCAACUUCAUAACGUUGUAUUAUUAAAAAUGUCUUUGUUUUCUGGUGGUU